AUGAAGUGCCAAAUCCCGGAAAUAUCGUGGCACAAUCGUGACCCGGUUCUGAGUGUCGACAUUCAACCGAAAGGGUCGAACGAGCGAGAUGAUCAACAUCAUCGGUUAGCAUCGGGUGGCACCGAUUCCCAUGUGUUGAUUUGGUAUAUGGUACAAAAUCCGGACUGUGGCACGAUCACACUCGAUUUGGCGGCCGAUCUCACGCGGCACCAACGGGCGGUCAACGCUGUGCGUUGGUCACCGUCGGGAGAGCUGCUGGCUUCGAGUGACGACGAAAGUGUAAUCUUCAUCUGGAAGCAGAAGGGCGAAUCGGAGGUCGUCAAUAUUCUUGACACAACGAACGAACAGGACAAAGAGAUUUGGUUGACGCUGAAAAUUCUUCGCGGACACAUGGAGGAUGUGUACGAUUUGUCGUGGUCGGCCAACUCCGCGUUCUUGAUCAGCGGCUCGGUGGACAACACAGCCAUCGUGUGGGAUGUGAUGCGCGGUAAAAGCCAAGCGAUCCUGCAGGACCACAAAGGGUUCGUGCAGGGUGUAGCUUGGGAUCCGCAAGACAAGUACGUGGCCACACUCAGCACCGAUCGCUACUUUCGGGUGUUUGACAUUCAAAGCAAGCGUGUUGUUUCACGGAGCAACAAGUGUACCCUGCCAGUUCCGGCCACUCACCAGCUGCACGGUAAAACGGUUCGGCUGUUCCACGACGACACACUGCAAACGUUCUUCCGGCGGUUAAGCUUCAGCCCUGACGGUAACUUGAUCGUUACCCCGUCCGGUGUGGCAGAAAUCGAAGGGCUGGCCAAACCGCUCAACACGACAUAUAUCUACACGCGGAACUCUCUCCGGCAGCCAGCUAUCACGCUUCCAUCGCCCGACCAGUACACGGUUGCGGUACGCUUUUGUCCCGUGUUUUUCCAGCAUUGGACCCACGCCGAAAGCAAACCACCGAUCAUUCCGCUCCCGUACCGGAUGGUGUUUGCCGUUGCCACCAAAAGUUCCGUCUAUCUGUACGACACGCAACAGACGGCCCCGUUCGCGCUGAUCUCCAACAUCCACUACACGCGGCUCACCGAUAUGGCGUGGUCUUCGGAUGGCAAACUUCUGGUCGUCUCCAGUACGGAUGGGUUUUGUUCGUUAAUCUACUUCUCCGAUGGAGAACUUGGGGUACCGUACGUCGCGCCUACCACAGAACCGGCGGAGUUCCCGGCAGAGGGAAAGCAAAAUGGUGCGGAAGCAACCGGCUCGGACAAACCGCCGGCGAACGGAACCGAUGCUAAACCGAUUGCCUUCCGUCGGAAACCGAAACCGGUGGAUUGUGGACCGGAACUUAAGGGCGAAACGAAAAAGGAGACUGUGAAUUCGGAGCAACCGUUGGCACAGGACACCGAAAAGGUUGCCAAACCGAUCGCCUUCCGACGGAAACCGAAACCGGUGGAACCGAUGGAGGUUGACGGUGAACAGGAGGAGCACCCCACUGGUGAUGCAUCUCCAACGGCCCAGCUCGGGAAGGUGGUUCCACCGGGUGUGGAGUUUAUCAUCGAGAAGGAUAAGAUCAUUAGUAGCGCCGAAAAAUUCGACAGUCCCGCCAAGAAGGAUCGCCCAGUGACACCGAUCGCGGUGCGGCGUCAUCCCCGUACGCCAUCGGACGCGCAAGACGCACAACCAUCACCACCAACAGCAUCCACAACGGCACCAUCAUCCUCUACCUCCUCCUCGGUGGGAAAGAAUGUGGUCAAUCCGAUCGCGAUAAGGCGCUACCCGCGAGCACCGGUCGGCGAAAGACAGCCAGCGAAACCGAUGAUCGAACCAACCGCCGAGGAAGACGCAAACGAUACGUGGCCGAUUGAUCAACCGAAACCGCAGCGGAGCGGGACAGAGACCGAGAAACGGGACCCCCAACCCGCACCGACCUCGCUAGUCGAUUCGGAACAAACGGAGGACAUUGUGCUGCUGGUGGAAUCGGACGACGAGCAGCAUGAUGCACCAGCGGCCGGCGCAGGCACGGCGGCAUCAUCUUCCAGUGCGACGACUACGCCUAAAACGCCGCGACGGGUCGAGUUUCGGACGAUAUCGACGCCUAAAUCGAAAAAGAAGCUCCUUUAGUUAGCCAAU